AUGCUGCUGAUGGCCGAUCUGCUGCUUGUUUCCCUUCUGGCUAUCAGAGGAGAGAAGCCUGUCUGUCAAACAUACGGGACAAAAGAACUGUCUCAGUUUUCUAAGGAGGGGGACAUCAGCAUUGGAGGCAUUUUCUCCUUCCACCAGAACCCAGUCAGUGUCAGUCCAGAACUACAAGUCAACUCAGGAACGAUCCGGUGUGAAGGACUGGACCCGGGUGAGCUCCAGUAUGCCUACACUAUGAUGUUUGCCAUAGAGGAGAUCAACAACAGCUCAGAGCUGCUGCCAGGCGUGACACUGGGCUACAGAAUCUUUGACUCCUGCCCCAGUAUCCCUCUUUCCAUCAAAGCAUCACUGAACCUGAUGAAUAGGUACGAGAGUGGGGAAGGCAGAUGUAACAAACUCUCCAAUGUGCAUGCUGUCAUAGGGGAAACCACAUCCACCUCCACGAUAGGUAUCGCACGCACCAUGGGACCCUUCCAUAUACCUGUGAUCAGUCAUUCAGCCACUUGUGCAUGUCUUAGUAACAGGAGAGAUUAUCCUUCCUUCUUCAGAACCAUACCCAGUGACAUUUACCAGAGCAAAGCAUUGGCAAAGCUGAUGAAACAGUUUGGCUGGACCUGGGUUGGAGCUAUAAGAACCAACAGUGACUAUGGAAAUGGUGGCAUGGCCACAUUUCUGGAAGCAGCUGAAAAGGAAGGUGUGUGUGUUGAGUAUUCUGUGGCUAUUUAUAGGACCGACCCCAGAAAGUGGUUCUUGGAGGUGGUUGACAUUAUCAAGAAAUCCACCUCUAAGGUAAUAGUGGCAUUUGCAGACGGCACAGACCUUGACAUCCUUAUCAAAGAGCUUCAUGCUCAGAAUGUGACUGGCCUGCAGUGGGUGGGCAGCGAGGGCUGGAUCACCUAUCGCUACAUUGCCUCUUCAGUGAACUACGCUGUGGUCCAGGGGGCUGUGGGCUUCGCGGCACUCAACGCUCACAUCCCCGGACUGCAGGAGUUCCUGUCGAGCACCAGACCCUCCACCACACCAGGCAACAGGGGACUGGUGGAGUUGUGGGAGAAGGUGUUCAGUUGCACCUUGACUCCCCAAGCAGAGGCUCACAGUCAAGGUUCAGUGGCAGCCUGCUCGGGCACGGAGUCCCUGCGGAACACAAACACGCGCUUCACAGAUGUUUCAGAUGCCAGUCUGAUGAAUAAUGUUUACAAGGCCACAUACGCUGUCGGUCAUGCACUGCACAUGCUGUUUACAUGCACAGAUGGCCGGGGGCCUUUUGAGAAUAACACUUGUGCUGACAAGGAAAAUAUUCAGACCUGGCAGGUGCUGCAUUAUCUGACCCAGGUGAAUUUCACCACUAAGAUCGGUGAAAAUGUCUUCUUUGAUGAGCUGGGCGACCCUGUGGCACGCUAUGCGCUGGUCAACUGGCAGAUGGAUGAGACAGGUUACAUACUCUUUGAGACCAUCGGCUACUACGACACCUCCCGACCUGAGGGUGAACAGUUUGAGAUGAAAAGAGACGUGAAGGCCAUCUGGGCAGGCGAGAAUCUUGAGGUGCCGAGGUCCAUCUGCAGUGAGAGCUGUGUGCCGGGGACCCGCCGCGCUUUUGUCAAGGGCAAACCCAUCUGCUGUUUUGAUUGCAUCAUCUGUGCUGACGGGGAGUUCAGCAACAGGACAAGUGAGACAGCAGGAUUCCUAGCCUUUACUCUAGCGCUCGCCGUGUUUCUGUUGGGCAAAAUCACUGCCGGCACUUUGCUGGUCUACCUGAAGAUGUGCGUGCUCUACAGCCUAAACGUAUUUAUGCUUUCAGAUGCAGUGAAAUGUGACAAAUGUGCCCCUGACUACAAGUCCAACGUGGAGAGGAACAGCUGUGACUUAAAGGCCAUUGAGUUCCUCACAUUCAAGGAGCUGAUGGGUAUUCUGCUUGUCAGCUUCUCUGUCUUUGGUGCCUGCCUGGCAAUGACUAUAGCCCUGAUAUUUUUCCACUUCAGGCAAACUCCAAUUGUCAGGGCCAACAACUCGGAGCUGAGCUUCCUGCUGCUCUUCUCCCUGACUCUGUGCUUCCUGUGCUCCCUCACCUUCAUCGGCCGGCCCUCUGAGUGGUCCUGCAUGCUGCGACACACGGCGUUCGGCAUCACCUUCGUCCUCUGCAUCUCUUGUGUCCUUGGGAAAACUAUAGUGGUGUUAAUGGCCUUUAAAGCAACUCUUCCAGGCAGAAAUGUGAUGAAAUGGUUCGGGCCUGCACAGCAGAGGAUCAGUGUUCUGGCGUUCACUCUGAUACAGGUCGUGAUUUGCAUUCUUUGGUUGACAAUCAAUCCUCCGUUUCCUUUUAAGAAUAUGUAUCUCUACGAGGACAGAAUCAUAUUAGAGUGUGCGCUGGGAUCAGCUGUCGGCUUCUGGGCUGUGUUGGGAUACAUCGGACUCUUAGCCAUGUUGUGUUUUUUUCUCGCUUUUUUGGCUCGAAAGCUUCCCAAUAAUUUCAACGAGGCUAAAUUGAUCACCUUCAGCAUGUUGAUAUUCUGCGCAGUCUGGAUCACAUUCAUCCCGGCUUAUGUCAGCUCUCCUGGGAAGUUCACUGUGGCUGUGGAGAUAUUUGCCAUCCUGGCUUCAAGUUAUGGAAUGCUGUUUUGCAUUUUCUUACCAAAGUGCUACAUCAUUUUAUUAAAACCUGAGGAAAAUACAAGGAAACAUUUGAUGGGUAAAUUUACCUGA